AUGGGUCGUGCGGCGAUGGACGAGCCCAGCGCUCUCCAACACAUCUGGAGCAAGCAUGUUGCACAACCAGCAGCGUCGUGCUACCAGCGCUAUUUCGUGGAGCUCAUCCUCCGCCAGAAACCUCUUCCGCCCUCCAAAGAUGGUCGAUACGUACCUCUUCGCGCCACGCACGAUGCCCCGCCUAUCGACGAACGACGAAGUCAUGGCCACGGCUUCAUAUCCAACACGAUCCGAUCUUCGAGAUACACGAUCUGGGAUUUCCUGCCGAAACAGAUCAUUUGGCAGGCGACGCGAUUGUCGAAUUUCUACUUCAUUUGCAUAGGUGUUCCUCAGACCAUUCCUGGACUUUCUACCACUGGAAAUUAUACUACCAUCUUACCGCUUACGUUCUUUAUCUUGUUAACGGUGCUGAAGGAGGGAUAUGAUGAUUUCAAGAGGCAUCGUAUGGAUAAGGUGGAGAAUAAUUAUUUUGCGAAAGUGUUGCGAUUGAAGGGUAGUGCUGAGGGUACGGAGCAUGUGGUGCCGACCAGCAUGUUCGCACGCAUGCUUUCAAGAGCGCUGGCAGUGAGCUCGAAGUCUGAAGCUCCGCGAAUUGUGGAAGAGAAGGAGAAUGAUGACGAUGAUGAGUUAUUUGGCUGGUCGGACACCAGAUGGCACGAUAUCAAAGUCGGAGACAUCUUGAAACUCAAGCGUGACGAUGCAAUUCCCGCAGACAUUGUGCUAUUGUACAGUGACGGCGAGAAUGGCGUUGCGUACAUUGAUACGAUGGCUCUGGACGGCGAGACAAACCUCAAGACUAAGCAGGCUCUACCGGAUCUGUUGGAUAUGUGCUCAUCGCUGUCAUCGCUCAGAGAGGCCAGCGCUGAUUUCCAUCUCGAGGACCCAAACAAAAAUCUUUACGAUUUCUAUGGCAAGGUUAAUAUCAAGGGAAAGUCACUACCAAUCACGCUCAACGAGGUGGUGUUUCGUGGCAGUGUCCUGCGGAACACGGGCUACAUUUACGGCUUAGUUGUCAACACCGGUGAGGAGUGCAAGAUUCGCAUGAAUGCGAACCACCAUCCGACUGCAAAGAAGCCUCGUCUGGAGAAGUACGCCAACCAGGUUGUCUUGACACUUAUAUUCUAUGUCGUGGUGCUCUCGGUCGGCUGCUCGAUUGGCUACAUUCUCUGGCAUGAUCGCUUUGAAUCUGGCGCAUGGUAUCUUAAUAAUGCUUACCCUGCAUUCAAACAGAUCAUCGUGGGCUUUUUGAUCAUGUUUAAUAAUGUCAUUCCACUGGCACUCUACGUGUCGCUUGAAAUUGUCAAGAUUGGUCAGAUGCUCAUGGUUCAAGGCGAUGUUGAGAUGUACGACGAGGAAUCAAACACACCAAUGACCUGUAACACAAAUACUAUUCUCGAGAAUCUGGGCCAGGUCAGCUACAUUCUCUCGGACAAGACUGGAACGCUUACAGACAACGUCAUGCGAUUUCGAGCUAUGAGCGUGGCAGGACUAAUCUGGACUCAUGGAGAUCCCACUACGACUGCGCAAGCGGCCGACGACAGCCAAGCCAAAAGUGGCCCCGAUAUGCCUGCAAUCAGAGUCGAGGAGCGUGAAAUCUCACCUGUCCCUCAAAGCCGAAUAUCACAGACGUUGGGUCGCCCAUCCCAGGCGCUGUCUCGUAGACCGUCGGACCGUCGAGAGCCGCCAUCUCGGACUACAGCAGAAUUGCUUGAGCUCAUUGCGAGAGAGUCUACGACGCCCGUAGCACGUCGCGCGAAGGAGUUCAUUCUUGGCAUGGCAGUCUGUCACACAGCUCUUCCAGAGGUCAAAGACGGCCGCAUCAAUUUCCAGGCCGCGUCGCCAGACGAAGUCGCGCUGGUUGCUGCGGCACAGGAGUUGGGCUAUCUGCUUGUCAAUCGAUCUUCACAAAAGCUUCAAGUCAAGACAAAUACGGGAUCUGUCGAGGAGUACGAGAUCUUGGAUGUGAUAGAGUUCAGCUCGAAGCGCAAGCGCAUGUCCAUUGCAGUUCGCUGCCCGGAUGGUCGUAUAUGGCUUGUAUGCAAAGGUGCCGAUAGCCACAUCAUCCCACGACUGCGACAAUCUGAGCUCGCUGCUCGAAAGUCCAUGGAGGUGAGACGAAGCAUGGAUAUCAGACGCAGUGUGGCUCGAAAGAGCGAGGAGCCUAGAAACAGCUUCGGCGGUCGACCGAGCCUGCAGAUGUCGCGAAGUUCCAAAGACAUUCGCCGCUCCUUGGCGAUCACCAGAGCUACGCUAGAAAUCCCCAAGUCGAGCUUCCAUAAAGAUGUCCGAGAUCUUGAGCAUAUCGAUGAUUCCGAGCUCUUCACAAGGUGCUUCAAACACAUAGACGACUUCGCAACGGACGGCUUGCGAACCUUGCUAUACUCUCACAAGUACAUCGAUGAGCAGGAGUACGCCGUUUGGAGCAAGCUCUAUCGCGAUGCGUGUACAUCGCUCGAAGACCGCCAAGCACAGAUUGAAGCUGCAGCCGAGACCGUGGAGCAGAAUCUUGAUCUUCUGGGUGCUUCAGCCAUUGAGGACAAACUUCAGAAGGGUGUGCCUGAGACCAUUGAUCGCCUGCAAAGGGCGAAUAUUCGAGUCAUGAUGCUUACUGGAGACAAGCGGGAGACUGCUAUCAACAUUGCUCACGCUGCCCGAAUUUGUCAACCGGCGUCGCUCAUCUACAUCUUGGACUCUACCAAAGGCGACCUCCAUGGCCAGAUGACUGAGAUCGUACAUGAUGGAGACACUCACAGAGUCAUUGUCAUCGAUGGACACUCACUUGGUGUGGUGCAAGCGGAUCAGCAGCUCACGCAGCUCUUCUUCACGACUCUCAUUGCCAAUGUUGACUCUGCCAUCGUUUGUCGCGCAUCCCCAUCGCAAAAGGCCGACAUCGUCAAAGGCAUUCGUGCUCGCUUGCCUGGCUUGACUUUAGCGAUCGGCGAUGGAGCCAAUGACAUUGCCAUGAUUCAAGCCGCGCAUGUUGGUGUCGGCAUUUCUGGAAAAGAAGGUCUGCAAGCGGCGCGUGUUGCGGACUAUAGCAUCGCUCAAUUCCGGUUCCUACAGAGACUGCUCCUGGUCCACGGGCGAUAUCAGUAUGUGCGGACUGCAAAAUUCGUCCUCCUCACGUUCUGGAAAGAGAUGUUCUUCUACAUGAUGCAAGCUUUGUUUCAGAGAUACAACGGAUAUACGGGCACGUCACUGUAUGAGCAAUGGUCGCUCACCGUUCUGAACACCUUAUUUACUAGCUUGUGCGUCAUCGUUCCGGGCAUCUUUGAGCAGGAUCUACGACCAGAAACUCUUCUCGCCAUCCCAGAGCUAUACGUGUAUGGCCAGAGGAACCAAGGACUCAACCUCACCAUGUAUGUUGGCUGGAUGCUUCAUGCGACCGUUAACGGGUUGGUAGUGUGGUUCAUAUGCUGGGCCAAUUACGGAAAGUACAAUAUCAUGGGCGACACAGGACUCUUUGCCCUAGGCGAUGCGUGCUUCACACUUGGCAUCGUCUGGACAAAUUGGAAGCUCUUCAUGAUCGAAACUCACUACAAGACCUUAAUCGUCUUCGGCUCCUUCCUCAUUACUGUCGGCGGGUGGUUCGCUUGGAACGGCUUCAUGAGCGCAAUCUACGGCAACAACCUCUCGCCAUACGACGUCAAAGGCGGAUUCCAGUACGUCUUUGGUCGAGAUCCGAAUUGGUGGGCUACACUCGUCAUCGCUUUCGCUGUUCUGGUCACGAUGGAGUUGGCUUAUGGUGCUAGUAAAAGGAAUCUCAUCGCGGCUAGACUCUGGCCGCCUUGGAAAUUCACAAAGACUUAUCGGAAUCAAAAUACCAAUGCUGAGGAUUUGGAGUUGGAGCUUGUGCAAGAGAUGGAACGUGAUCCGCGGAUUCGAGAGAAAUUUAGACGUAUGGCGAUGGGUGACGAUGCUAUAGAUGAGGAGAAUCGGCUGCCUAUUGAUGAGUCGGACGUUUCGAGCGAGGAGGGGGAACGUGGAUGGAGGUUUCCGUGUAUGAGUUGGAAGGCAUGAGUAUGCGUAUGCGUAACGUGUUAACAUGAUUUGAUGAUGUUUGGAUGAUACCCUUUCGAAGCAGUGCGAGAUAGAUAGUGGGUCGUAUAUACAUGCAUAGAUUGAAACAGCACAUCAGUCGACUUCAGAGGACCUACUUUCUGUAUGUAAUCCUAGCCUUCAAAGGCACCAACCCAAACGUCCUCCAAAACUCCCUCGAAUCAUAACACCUCCCAAGAGCAUCCAUACUCCUCGGCAAAGCCCUAACACCCUCUUCCCACAUCAACUCGUAAACCCAUUCCGCCUGUUCACUCGGCCCCUCACCCUCCUCCCUCCCCUCCGCCCACCCAACAAACAACUCCCACCAAUCAUAAACCACCCCAUCCGUCACCAAAAACCUCUGCCCCUUCGCCUUCUCCCACUUCCCCAUCGUCGCAACUAUCCCCCUCGCAACAUCAACUCCAUGAAUCAAAUGCACACUCUUCUUCCCCUUCACUUCAGCUUUCGUCUUCGCUACCCUCGAAACCCAAGUCCGUGGAUCUCGAUCUCCGCCCCAUAAACCUGAUAAAUUCAACACGCAGUGGUUUAAUGACAAAAUUUCAUCUUCUGCAAUCGCACGCGCGUUCGUUUUAUCGUAAUUUGAAGAUCUUGACGUCCAAUGUGACGGUUGAGGGAUUUGGUAUAUUCCUGUGGAACCCAGUUGGAUGAAGAGAUGUGAGGAGGGGGAGGUUUUGUGGUGGGAGGUGUAACCUGAGACUAAAAUUUUGGAUUGGGAGGUUCCGGUUAGGGGGAAUGUUAUUAGGAUGUUGUGGGCUUUGGGGAGAGAGGUGAAGGAUGGGUUGAUGGGGUCGAAGGACCAUUUUAGGGUUUUGUUGCGGCCGUCGCGGGUUGUGGCGGCGAAGGUUAGGUUUUGGGAUUUUAGGAGGGGGAUUAAGAAAGUUGAGGUCCAGCCUGCGCCGAGGAUUAGGAGGUCGAGGGUUUGGGAGGGCAUCUUUUUGGGGUUGAGGAGAUGGGUGGAAGUACGACUACAUAUUGAG